AUGCCAAUACAUAGAUCAAAUUCAGAUAUUUCACUGGGAGAAUUGGAUGAUAAUGAGAACCAUAAGCUAAAAGCCCUUAAAGAAAUACUUUCUAUUAGAAGAAGAAUCAUAACAGGACUAAAGUUGGAAAGGGCAAGACUUGUGGAGGAGGAGCAGUUCAUGAAAACUCACCAAUCAGACAUUUGCGGUGGAACUGGUGGAUGUAUAGCAGCUGCCACAGAUGCUUCCGAGUCGAACAAGGGAUACUUACUACUACAGAAUGAAAAUCCAAUGACCCUAUCUCUAAAGAACAAAUGGGAAAGCACUCUGAAUUUAUCAGCAGUUGAGCUAAAGGAAUCAUUGGAGAGUGAAAGUUUUGACAAGUCAUUAGUAGACAAGAUUGUGGAAAACACCAAGCAAUUGAACGAAGAGUAUUUUAAGGCCAUAAACAAGCGCAGUGCCACGGAUGUACUUUGGCUUAGGAUCAAGGCGCUGUUUUUUGUUAGAGAAAAGGAAUUGGCCGAAGCAUACAAAAUACAUACGAACAUGAAUACUCAGAUCGUUCAAGAUAGCACCAAAAUUGUCGAUUUUUUGCGACAUCCACUUCUAACCCUAAAGAGUUGA